UUCUACACCAACAGUAAGGAAACUACUCAGGAAAAUACUAAUAGAAAAUGAACUACCUUUGUUUUGUAACAAAGGCACUGUGUUUCACUGUGCUCAUUUGUUUUCCUUGGUCCACGCUGUGUCGACAAAGGGACAUUGGGAGGGGACAAAAUGCUCAGUUUGCAUCGUCGGAUGAUAUUAAGAUCCUCGCACAUGGACUUCUCCAGCUGGGACAAGGGCUGAAACAGCACAUGGACAGAACAAGGGAAGAAAUGAAGGCCGUCUUAGAGCAGUUGAACGCUUAUAAUAUCUCCAUCCACAAACUGAGAGGAAUAGCAAAAAAUGAUGAAAAGACUCUGAAAGAGACAACUAUGAAACUAGAACUUCAGAAUGAGCUUCACAAGAGAUCUGUGGAGCUUGGAACUGAGCUAAUGAAGGCACUCCAGGAACGACAAUUAGUCGUCAGCAAGGUCGAUUCCCUGGACAGGAAGCUGGAGAAAAUUCUAGGGAAUGAUACAGAGAAGAACAGGUCUGUCAACCUCCUCUCUUGCAAGUCUGUACCAGAGGUCCAAAACAAGCUUGUCAAUGAAGUAUUGGUGCUGAUAAAAGCUCAGCAACUGCAGAUCAAUGAACAGAACCAUCAGAUUCAUCUGCUGGAGGACAAGGUCUGUGAAACAUCUGACUAUACUUGUGGCCCCUCGUGAGUAGUAAUUAUGACUACUAUACCUCAUACAAUAAAUAAUUUCCACUAAAGCACUGUGCAAAGUCAUAAUUAUAAAGUCUAAAGAAGAGUCCCAACCCAAAUUGCCACAUAUCCAUUCUCUCUUUAGAUGCUGCGUGAUCACUUGUAUUUUGCUCAUAACUGUAAAGACUUGUAUAGUGUAAAAGAACAUGUAACUUGAUACAUGUUUUUGAACAUUUGUUUAUAUUACUGUAAAUUGAGAAAUAAAUUCUGAUCUUUUAACUUCAGUUGUUUCCAAUCCUAAAGUUCAGCCAUUUUUUAAUGGUUAUUAAUUGUUCCUGUGCAAGGACUGAAGAUAGAAAUACAAAAAUAUGCAGAAAAAUACUCUUCUAACCUAUCAGCCCCUUCACAUUGAUGGAUCUUUGCAAUUCUCUGUCCCAGAGAGUUGUGAGGACAAGUUCACCGGAAUCAUUUAACAUGAAGUGAAAGAUUGGGAAAUGUAGGGCUAUGGCAUCCCGUACAUAGAUGAAGUUGAGGCCUGGGGUAGAUCAUAUUGAAUGGCAAGGCGGACUUGAAGGGCUCAAUAACCUACUCCUGCACCUAUUUGUGUUCUAGGAAGAUAAUAUAAGUUUGAAGUAUAUAAUAUCAUGAGAGGCAUAGACAAGAUAGACAGUUAGAACCUUUUUUUCCAGGGUGGAAAUGUCAAAAGAUCAGAAGGCAUUCCUUUAAGGUGAGAGGGGCAACGUUUAUAGGAGAUAUGUGUAACAAGCCUUUUUUAUGCAGAGUGGUGGGUGGCUGGAACAUGCUGCCAGGGGAUAGAGGAAGAUACAAUAGUGACAUUUAAUAGUUUUUUUGAUAGGCUCAUCGAUAUGCGGGGAAUCGAAUGGAAGAACAUGGGUCAUGUUUCGGCAGAAGAGAUUAAUUUAACAGCAUCAUGAUCGGCAUAGACAUUGUGGGUCAAAGCGCCUGUUCCUGUGCUGUACUGUUAACCAGCUAAGAUAUUUGCCUCUUCUUUGAAAUGGCUUUGCAAGCCACUUAGUUGAAGAACAAUGGGAUGGUAAUAAAUGGUAAUAAUCAAUUCCUGCAAAAAUAAUUUAAAUAAAAAGCAUUUGUGGCGACAAUGUUCUUUAAAGUGAUAAUAAAACAUUUUCAAAACUUGUUGAUAAGCUCAGUCCUCAAUAUGUACAAUAACACUUUCUUCUGAUUAGUUUUGAAAACAAAACUCAACACCAACUCGUUAGUUUGGAGGUCAGCUGAUAUCUAUUAUGUCAGAAAGGAAUCUUAAAAAGACAGCAUGCAUUUGAAAUAUUCACUGUUAUUUAUUGAGGAACUUUAUAGCACUUGGACAGCUGGGCAAUCUAUUUAGGUAAUAUUCUUCGGUUAUGUUAAAGACAGUUUUACAUCUGAAGUAUAAGACUUCCUGACAAAUCAUUGAAAUAUUACAAUUAUAAAUGUAUCGGACAGAAAAGAUCAACGAUAAUCAAAAAAUAACUCGCUCCUCAGAUACCACAAUUCACUUUUGAUUGCAGUGUAUGUUAUCUGUGAUUCUUUUAACCAAUUAUAUUUAAUUAAUCUAAACCAAUUUGUUUUUUUGUAAACCGGCAUUUGCGGUUCCUUUGUCCUCUAUAGCUUUAGACAAUUACUUGAACGUAAUGCCAGUUCUUGUGGCAAAGAAACCCUUGCCCUAUGCCAACUACCACUAGCAACACACAUCAGGAACAUUCACAAAAGUACAGGCAAAUUGUAUAAUGAUGGAUUGUCAGGUUAAAUGUUUUUUUUAAGAAAAUGUUUCAUUGUUUCUAAACCGCCACCCCCUGCCAAUAUGAAGGUGCUGAAUAGAGGCUUUGAAUCCAAGGAAUAUUACAACUUCAGGAAAAGGAAAGGAAACAACUCUGCCAAUGAUCAGAAUGGCCACCUGUCAGUCUCACCCAACAGUGACUGUUAUCAAAUUUUCAAGAGGGGCGAGCGAACUAGUGGAGUUUAUAGAAUCCAGCCAGAAGGAUCUCAGCCAUUUCAAACAUACUGCCAAAUGACUGCAGAAUUAGGUUGGACUGUGAUUCAGCAGCGAUUUAAUGGCUCGGUGAACUUUGAUCACUUGUGGUUGGAUUAUAAAACUGGAUUUGGGGCACCUCAGGGUGAAUUCUGGUUGGGCUUGGAAAACUUCUAUCAAAUUGCUCGUCAGGACCAAUAUGUUUUGAGAAUCGAACUGGAGGACUGGAAGAAAAAGUCACGACACAUUGAUUAUGCAUUUAUGCUCGGCAACGAGGACAACAGCUACAGCUUGCAAAUCAGUCAAGUUUUGUCUGGAGAUCUCUCUUCAACUAUGAGUUCCUGUAAAGCAGUUCCAUUCUCAACCACUGAUCGAGACAGUGACCUUCACUCCAUGAUAAACUGUGCUGAGCAACAUUCAGGUGGCUGGUGGUUCAGUGGAUGUGGAGAAUCAAAUCUGAAUGGGAAAUACUUUAGAAGCAGAAUAAACAGACGACCAGAUCGGAAGAAAGGAAUUUUCUGGAAGUCCUGGAAAGGCAACUAUUACUCAUUUAAAUCCACACGACUGAUGAUCCGGCCAUUGCGGAUAAUAAACCAAUAAAAUAUUCUUCACUUUUACAAAUUUGAGACCAACAAGCACAAGGAGUGGCAUUAAAAUUUACAUUUCCAUGUUUAUUUAUAGACCUCAGUAUGACAAAUUAGGUCACAUGCUUUAACAACAAUAUAAUGGGAACACCCAGCCGGUCAAACAAUAUCUGCACAAAGGGAGAGUUAAUGUUUCAGGUCAAUGCUCUUUGGUCAGAAUUUAAAACAAAAGGGAAUAAUUGUGCUUGAAGCUGCAGAGAGAGGGUGGGGUGAAGUGCAGAGGGGAUUUCUGUGAAGACCAAGGUUUUCCAAUUACUUUUGAUAUUAACAAUGGGAAAUGAAUACUUCUCCUAAAAUGAAUGGUGAUGUGUCCAGAAGAAUGCAUACGGAGAAAGUGACUGAGGACAAGUAGAAACCAAAAUAGUGCAGGUGACACUACGUUCCUAGUGCCAUAGGUGGACAAUUGUGUUCCCUUUAUUCUAUUCACAAUUUCCUUUUCACCUUUUCAGUCAUGACCAGUGACUUCUGAUGUAACAUUGACAGUUUUACUUAUUUACAUUUGCUACCAGAUUUACUAAAUGUUCCUCUUUUACUUCAGAUUUCUGCAUCUCACAGCCAGCACAGUUAUUUUUUUCAGAAAACAGUAGUAGUUUCUGAAGAAAGGUCACAACCUGAAACGUCACAUCUUCUAUCUUCUAUAUUACUGAAAGUCUGUUCUUGACCGGUUUUGGCCAUCCGUGCUGCGAUUUCUGAGAGAACGCCGUCACCUACGGCCGUCAUUUUUGGCCACCUUGCUCAGAGCCCCCAUUCGCCGCAUGUGUGCCAAGGAUUUUUCCCGUCGAUUAAAAAUAACAGAAAUAUUAAUGUUUUUACAAAAUUCCCCAUUCUCUCUG